AUGAAAGAUGAAUUUGAUGCUUUAAUUGAGAAUCACACUUGGGAUCUUAUACCUCGGCCUCCUAAUGCCAAUGUUAUUUGGUCUUUGUGGAUUUUCCAGUUGAAAACAAAAUCUGAUGGAUCUUUUGAGUGCUAUAAGGCACGUCUUGUUGGUGAUGGUAAGUCUCAAAGAGAGGGCACUGACUAUGAUAUGACUUUUAGUCCUGUGGUAAAACCUGCUUCUAUUCGCGUUGUUUUGAGUAUUGCUCGUUCUCGAUCUUGGUCUAUUCAUCAGUUGGAUGUUAAAAAUGCUUUUCCUCAGCGACAUUUGAAUGAAACAUUAUAUGUGGACGAUAUUAUUCUCACUUCUUCUUACGAUUGUCUUCAUCAGUCCAUUAUGUCUAAAUUGAGUUCCGAAUUUGCUAUGAAAGACUUGGGUCCUCUUAGUUAUUUCUUGGGCAUCGCUGUUACUCGUACUUUUGCAGGUCUAUUUCUUUCUCAACACAAAUAUGCUGCUGAAAUAUUGGAGAAAGUUGGCAUGUCUCAACGCAAAACUGCUCCGACCCCUGUUACUUUCUUCAGCAAACUUUGUGCUAAUGUUGGCACUCCUUAUGAUAUGCCUACUUUGUAUCGUAGCUUGGCUGGAGCUUUACAGUAUCUUACUUUUAAUCGUCCUAAUAUUUCAGAUGUUGUUCAACAAGUAUGUUUAUUUAUAAAUGAUCCUCGAGUUGAACCUAUGGCUGCUAUUCAUCAUAUUCUUCGAUAUAUCCUAGGUACUCUUGAUCAUGACUUGCAGUUUUAUAAAUCCCUCGUUUCUUCUCUGAUCUCUUGUACUGAUGCUGAUUGGGGUGGAUGUCCUGAUAUUCGUCGCUCUACUUCCGAUUACUGUGUUUUUCUAGGUGAUAAUCUAAUCUCUUGGUCCGCUAAGCGACAGCCCACAGUUUCUAAGUCCAGUGCUGAGGCUGAAUAUCGUGGUGUUGCAAACGUUAUUUUGAAACUUGUUGGAUUGACAACUUGUUACUUGAGCUCCGCUGUUCUAUUACUACGGCCACUCUGGUUUAUUCGCACUAAACAUGUUGAGAUGGACAUUCAUUUUGUUCAAGAAAAAGUCAAACGUGGUGAUGUUCGAGUGCUUCAUGUUCCAUCUCCAUAUCAGAUUGCCAAUAUUUUUACAAAGGGUCUCCCUCAAGUCCUCUGUGAUGAUUUUCGCUCCUGUCUCAGCGUUCGCAAACCUCCCGAUUCGACUGCGGAGUUUCCUAAAACACUAAAUUGA